AUAUUUUUUAUCCUUACAGUGCAAGCCUGGAUUGCUCUCAUGCAACGGCCUCGACACGGGGGGAAAAUAGCAGAUCAUCGCCACGUACUUCUUUUCUACGUCUUUAUCACGUUCGUAUUGGGAACGAUAAGCUUUGGUAUGAACGCAAAGUAUACGGAGAUGAUCUGGAUUGAUCUUCGUGAUGCGCCUGGUGGUCCGCUCGCACUAAUCGAGGACUACAUGAGUUAUCGUAUCAACUUUAUAGCGCUUGCCACUGGUCACCUCCAGGAGUGGUUCAUGCAAGCUCUGCUCCUCCAUCGAUGUUUUGUGAUAUGGAAUUGGUCAAGAUGGGUGGUAGUCCCAAUGAUCUUACUCUAUGUUACUAUGAUCGCAUUCUCCAUUGUCGUCCUGGUCGAGGCGGGCAGUGGUGUCACAUUUUACAACAUUGUCAUGGAGCUUGCCUACCUCUGUAUCGAAGUAGGGCUCACCGUGAUCUAUACCCUUCUCGUGAUAAAUCGCUUGUUCGUCAUGCGAAGGCGUAUGAGGCAGGUCAUAGCCCAGUAUGAUUCAAGCACAUACGAUACCAUCGCCCUCAUGGUUGUCGAGUCCGCAGCGCUAUACACUGUCUUCGCUAUCGUUUUUAUAGUUGCCUUCGCUAUGUAUUCUAACGGUCUCACCACUCUAUGUUUCCUGUCCAUCGGCAAAAUACAGGGCAUUGCUCAAUUGUUCAUUAUCAUUCGUGUUGCACAGGGUCGGGCAGCCACAGACAAGUGGUCGACACGAGCUCCCGCAAUAACUACAGCCAUAGCAUUCUCAGGGACUAUAUCCGACUGCACAGAGGGGACCGACAAUGAACGAAUAGGAAAGCCAGAGCAGACCGUUGUUCAGUUGUAUGCUGAUCCAGAGCAGGCGAUAGAAGUCACUGUGUCUGCGGCGGCGUGA